GUAAGAAUGUCGCGGCGCGUCGACGUAUUCUAAAUUCAAAUUUGAAUAUUUUUUUAAAUUAUAACAAGGAAGGUGUAACAUUAAAUUCGUUGUUAUAAAAUGGUGGGAAAAGUGAGUUUGAUUUUUUUAAUCGUCGCCUUAAUGGCGUCGGUUAUGGAUGGACAGACCUUGGGAGGUCCUAUGCACGGGAAGGUAGUCGUCUGUUACGUCGCGACGUGGGCAGUCUACCGACCAGGUGAAGGAAAGUACGGGUUGGCUGACCUGGAACCAUCUCUUUGCACGCAUCUCAUUUAUUCCUUUGCUGGGUUAGACGAAUCCACCAUGAGCAUCAAGAGUCUCGAUCCCUGGCAAGAUCUAGAAAAGGACUACGGAAAGGCAGGUUACAAAAACCUCGUAAGUCUUAAAGCAAGGUAUCCGCAUCUCAAAGUAACAGUUGCUAUCGGUGGCUGGAACGAAGGCUCGUCUAAAUAUUCCGCCAUGGCGUCGAAACCAGAGACAAGAGCGAAGUUUGUGCAGAGUGUUAUGUUCUUUUUAAAUACGUAUAAGUUCGAUGGUUUGGAUUUGGAUUGGGAAUACCCGACAAAGAGAGGAGGAAACCCAGAAGAUAAAGCUAACUACGUAGCUAUGGUCAAGGAAUUAAAAGACGCAUUCGAGCCUUAUGGCUACAUCCUGACGGCAGCGCUGGGCGCUGGAAAAGAUACAAUGGAAAGUGCCUACGAUCUUGCCAAAUUGAGUCGCUAUCUAGAUUUCAUACAUAUGAUGUGUUAUGAUUACCACGGAACUUGGGACAACUUGGUUGGAGCAAACGCUCCUCUAGAUGGAAUUGGAGACAAUGAUGUCCUAAGUGUGAAAUACACCAUUGAAUAUAUGCUUUCCCACGGCGUGAGUCCUUACAAGAUGGUUCUCGGGUUACCAAUGUACGGUCGUACUUUCAUUUUGAGCGACCCGAAUGUCAAAAACAUUAAAUUCGGCGUAACGCCAACCAAAUCCGUCACAUUCGCUGGGCCUUGGACCAGGGAAGCUGGAUUUAUUGGAUAUAAUGAGGUCUGUGCGGAAAUUACUAAUAAGUCGUCUAAAUGGACACAACAUUGGGAAGAAAAAACAGCAACGCCUUAUCUCCGAGACGGCGAAAGAGUUAUCGUUUAUGAUAAUCCAAGAUCUAUUGCUGUUAAAAUAAAAAUGGCCAUUGACUAUGGUCUCGGAGGACUCAUGGUGUGGAGUAUAGAUACUGAUGACUUUAAAGGUGGUUGCGAACCAGAACCUGGUGCAUAUCAAGAUUUUGUUGAUCGAUACAAUGAUAUGGUGGACGAUCCUCUAUUGCAAGAGGCGCUAAAGAAUCUUAAUUUACCAGAUGGAAACCGCAUAGAAAACUUAAGUAGACGUACUUCGUAUGUUAUUUCAAACAACAAACUACAUCUCCGAUUACCAGAACCUGAAUUCUCUAACUACGCCUUAAUGAGAACCAUAAAUGAUGCAACUACAAUCGCGUUAGAAGAGAAGCGAAUACUAGACGAAAUGAAGGCAAUAACGAGAAAGAAUGAGAUAGGAGAUACCGAUGACGAUAAAGGUUCAGCGAAGGCAAUAGCCGGUAGUGUAAUAUGUGUACUGUUAUGUGUUGUGUUUGCUUUCAAGCUGUACUGACUUGAUGUUCUGUGAUUCGUUUACUUAGAAAUUUUAGUAAGACUAUCAAAACAUUCUGUUUUUAUAUGAUACGAUACAACGGCCAAUAUUU